ACACCCAAUGAAACAACAGUUCUGAGAUGAAGGGUUCAGUCCCGGGCUUCGGCCUUCCUGUGUGGAGUUUUCAUGUUCUCCCCGUGCCUGCGUGGGCUUUCUCCAGGUACUCCGCCCCAAUUUGGAAAAUGAAUGAAUGAAAGGUUAAACACAUGCAUGGUAAGAUUUGUUAUCUUGUCCAGAGACAAUCUGCAAUGUUGCUUUAGCCUUUAAAGGUCUGUGCUGAGUGAUCAUCACACACCCUCAAUGAAACUUGUAGCGUUAGCAUACCGUUCGCAUUAGCAUUACUUUCAUGCUAACGGCUAGAGUCCUCUAAACUCUCAACUUUUUUUUUUUUUUAAUAUAGAAGUGGCAAAAGUAAUGUUCUGUUUUCCUGCUGAGUGUAGAAUCACCAAGCUGGCAUUGUCCUUGUCGACGCUACGAAAUGUGCUCGUCUGUCAAUGUUCAUUCGAAAUUGUUGGAAACUUUUAUUUUCAGAAAACAUUUUUAGUAAACAACUAAAACUAGACGAAAUUGUGAGAUAAGUCAUAAGUAUUAUCGUCCAUAAGACUAAGACGAAAAUUAAAAGGGCUGGCAAAAACACUGUUCUGUUCUUAUUAAUGUAAAGGAACUUGGCUUUUUCACCCUGCCUUGCAUUUGAAAGCAGCUGAAAGAAUUGUGUUACAGUGAAACUGUUCACUGUAAUGUCAUUCCUUCAAAGACAAACAUGACAGCUUCUGUCCUGGAUCACAUCCGAUUUGGUAAGUGGUUAGAAUGUGGAUACCCUGACUGUUUUUAGCUACUGGGCCUCCCUCUCUUGCUGACUCUUGGCUCUUGCAUGUUUUUACCCACCUUUCCUUGCCUCCCCUCGCUGGCUGUCUUUCAGAGAAUGCCACCCACCACUCGGUCCAGAUUUAGACCUCAGCUCUUCCCAGACUUUCAGGCCCAGCUGGUUGAAAGCUAUACCGCUCUACUUCUUCCCCAUGUCUCGUCCUCGUCGCUAACAUGUGCACAGAACAGCCCAGACACCGGCUGGUAAACAAGGGAAAUUAACCUUUUGGUUUUGAUUCCAAGGCUGGCUGUGCAACUGCUUCUCCAGUCAUGGAGCCUCUUGCAGAGCUGCCGUUAUUUGAGAUGGAACUGGACGAUGACCAGGCAGUGGAUGUCUUAAUGACAAAGACAGGCAGUUGUUCACCUACGUGGAUGGAUGCUGCGGUGCCCCCUGCAAUGCCAGAGCGAGACGCUUUUAUUUACAUGAACUUCAUGAAAAACCACAGCUGCUAUGAUGCCAUUCCCACGAGCUCCAAGCUAGUCAUCUUUGACACUGCACUCCAGGUAAAGAAGGCUUUCUUUGCUCUGGUGGCUAAUGGUGUACGAGCAGCACCUUUAUGGGACAAUAAGCUCAAAUGUUUUGUAGGAAUGCUGACCAUUACGGACUUCAUCAACAUUCUCCAUCGUUAUUACAAGUCUCCUCUGGUUCAGAUCUAUGAACUGGAGGAGCACAAGAUCGAGACGUGGCGAGAAAUAUAUUUGCAGUACUCCACCAACAGACUCAUCAGCAUCACCCCCGAGGCCAGUCUAUUUGAUGCCAUCUACUCGCUGUUAAAAAACAAGAUACACCGUCUUCCUGUAAUCGACCCGGCAUCAGGGAAUGUCCUCCAUAUCCUGACACACAAGCGCAUCCUCAAGUUUCUCCACAUAUUUGGUUCUAUGAUUCCAAAACCAUGGUUCCUGCAAAAACAGAUCAGUCAGUUGGCCAUCGGUACCUUUAAGCAGAUCGCAACAGUGCAGGAAUCGGCGUCGGUCUACGACGCCUUAAGCAUCUUCGUGGAGAGACGAGUGUCUGCUCUGCCUGUGGUCAAUGAAAAAGGAAAAGUGGUGGCGUUAUAUUCCAGAUUUGACGUCAUUAAUCUUGCAGCCCAGAAGAACUACAACAACUUAAACAUGACCAUGACAGAGGCCGUUGCCUCCAGAGCCUGCUGCAUGGAAGGGGUGCUCAAAUGUUACCCUCAUGAAACCUUGGAAACUAUCAUUGACCGCAUUGCUGAGGCUGAGGUGCAUCGUUUGGUGUUAGUUGACAGCGAGGAUGUGGUGAGAGGAAUCGUCUCACUGUCGGACCUCCUCCAGGCCCUCGUCCUCAGCCCAGCAGGUAUUGACGCACUGUGCACCUAACGCCACCGCCUCCAUACGUGUGCCUUGCUUUCUCUCUCAGUCCCACCUCAGAUAAGUGGCUGGCCCACUCCUCAUCUGCAAAGGCCACGACUGGCUUCUCGUGGUCCACGCAUCAGCUUCACCAAUAGUCUUAUAUUUCGACCGCUUUUUCCAUUCCCAAAUGUUAGC